AUGAUGCCUCCUUCGAGUGGUGCUGAGCAAGCCGUGGGACCGCCUCGAGACGACUUCCUCCUGAGGCCUGAAGUCCUGCCGUGGUCAGAGCAGGAUUUCCUUGGCGGCCUUGAGGAGAACUUGCGCAUCGUCCAGGAAUGCGAGGCAAAGUUUGCGCGAAUGAUGGCAUCGCAUCCAGAGGGUUUCCGAGCACCUGAAAUUUUGGCGGCAGCUUUGGACCUUGCAGUUGUUUAUCUGAAGAACUAUGCCCUCGACAAGGCUGACGCACUGUACGAGGCAGUCAAGCCCCAUUGUUUGUCACGUGGUCUGCCUUGGAAUGUAAAGUGGUUUCAAGAUUGCGCAACGUUAAGGUGUAAACAGAAUCGCCAAGCAGAAGCUGCUCCCAUGCUGGAAGAAGUUGCCAAGCUUACUCCUCCCCACGAGGCGACUCUGCGCAACCUCGGGACCGUGUACAACCAGCUUCGGGAACACGACAAAGCCAAAGUCUACUUCGAUGCCGCUGCCGAACUCGUGGGCAAGAAAAAUGAGCAGGGCGAGCUUUUGCUCGAUAAGGAGGAUCUGUGGAACAUUGGCUUGGUCCACAAAAACAAGAAGAACUACGACAAGGCAGCACUAAUGUUGGAUCAGGCGUUGGAGAAGUGGCUUGAAGAGGAUCCAGAAGAUGACGUCACCCUCGCGAAGCUAUACGACUCGGUUGGCAGCUGCUACGACGAAAUGGGCAGGCAUGAGGAAGCAGUUGGAGUUUUGCAAAAAGCCAAAGAUUUGUACGACCGGAGCAUCGGCACGGAAAGUCCCUUGUACGGCAGCGCUUGCGAGCGCUUGAGCCGAGCACUCGUUCACGCCGAGCGAUACCAGGAAGGUCUGGACAGUCUGAUUGAAGCGUUCACCGUCAUUGCGCUUCAGGAUGCAGUGCAUCCUACGCCCUUGUUUGAGUUGCUGGGCAUUGCUUUGGAGGAAAUUCCCAUCACAAAAGAGGUCGACACAGCGGAGCUCGCGCGGCUGGAGAUGCCGAUCCAGGCAGCUGUCAGAAACAUGCACUACCGUGGGCUUGAUCAAGAUGGCAAUUGCGGCGUCUUGUUCGAACGGAUGGCCCGCGCUUUGGUUCUAUGCAGCCAAGCUGGGGGCGAUGCAGCUGCGCAGGCGGCGGCCACCCAGAGACGCGGGACGGCACGUGCACUGCUUCGGCAUGCUGCGCCACUCGUGGAGGCAGCGACCCGCGAUGGUUUGGCCGACCUUACGCAUGUCACCAUGCUUAUUGAGACGGAGCUCCAAGCGCUGGACAACCAAGAUGCCGCGGCACGUUUGGGCAUUGGUCCCGCCUCUCCACGUGCAGACGCACAGGCCUCGGCCACACGGGGCCAGAAGGUCCCUCAAAAAGCUGAGGCCGCAGUUUACCAGUCCACCACCGAUCUAAAGGACAGCAAGGAGCAGGAAACAGCAACAUCAGCAACCACUACACGGUGGCGGCCAAGAUAG